AUGGACGACCGAACUGUGGACCUCAUAUUCACCGGCUCUUUGAAGCUACUGCCACCAGUCAGCUCCAAGAUCGUGAGGAUAUUCACCAGUUCCACCUUCACAGAUACAACAAUGGAAAGAAACACCCUAAUGGCCAAAUGUUAUCCGCGGAUCAAAGAUUAUUGCCGAGAGAAACACGGGCUGGAAUUCCAGGUUGUAGACAUGAGAUGGGGGGUGCGAGAUGAAGCCACUGAUGAUCACAUGACAACAGAGCUAUGUAUGAGAGAGAUCAAGAACUGCCAGCGUUUAUCCAUGGGGCCAAACUUUGUAGUAUUUCUAGGACAGAAAUAUGGAUACCGGCCCAUACCAACCUACGUGCUAUCAUCAGAACUGCAGAUGUUAAGAGACGAGCUGGCAGCUGGUGGAGUUGAUGUCAUCCUGCUAGACACUUGGUAUAAGAAGGACUCGAACGCCGUGCCCCCGGUGUCAGUUCUGCAGCCUAUAUCGUCUAUAUUGGUCAACUUUAAUAACAAGAGAGUGCCAAAACUUCAGGCGGAGGAUCAGGCGGUUUGGUGGGACACGCUCACCAAAAUGCAGAAGCUAUUCCGCAAAGCAUCCUUACAACUUUACAAUACUGGCAAAAUGGAUAAAGACGCUAUGCAUAAUUACUUUAUGUCCGUAACUGAAAGAGAAGUAAUAAACGGCGUUCUCAAUGUAAAGAAUACUAAAAACCACUGCCUCGCCUACGUAAGGUACAUCAACAACAUCAAUCUACAGAACCUGAAGAAGGCCAGCAAUUUUGUCGACAUCCUUAACAGGAGUUUGGAUGCUGAGGCUUCUAAACUUUUGGCUGAUCUGAGGGAUGUCAGAUUACCAAAUAAGAUUGAGACUACUAAUAUACAAAAGUAUACUGUAGAAUGGAUAGGACGUGAUGGGCUGGACAAUGAGACUCAUGGCGAAUACCUCAACCAUUUUAUAUCACAUUUCUAUAAAAACAUUAUUAAGCUGGUUGAUAGGGCCAUGCGUAAAGAGGACAGCAGUGCACAAGGACAGAUAGUGACAGAGAUAUUGCAACAUCUGCAUGCGUGCAACAACUCGGUCAAAGUGUUUCAUGGAAGGGAGGAUGAUCUGAACUUCAUCGAGAACUACAUGUUGAAUGAUUCCGACAAACCACUUGUUCUUUAUGGAGAAGGUGGAUGCGGUAAGACCAGCUUGCUUGCUAAGAGUUCUGCGAUGUCCUUAAAUACAUGGUUUGCUGAAGUUCGACCAACUAACAUAAUCAGAUUCCUCGGAACUACUCCAGAUUCCAGUGCAUUGACGCCCACACUUAUAUCUAUAUGUCAACAGAUAUCCUACAACUUCGCCUUACCUUUCGAGGGCAUACCCGAUGACCUUGUUCCCCUCACUGCGCACUUCAAGCAGCUUCUCACCAUGGCAUCACAGCAGCAACCAUUGCUCUUGUACCUGGAUUCCGUUGACCAACUCACUGGAAUCGGCACUGAGAACAAUAAAGUAUCAUGGCUUCCUACUAGACUGCCACCACAUUGUAAGAUUAUAGUAACUUGUGCCUGCGAGGAAACCAACCCUGAAGUGUCAAAAGAAUAUGAUGUCCUUCGGCGGAUGAUUGACUCGGAAGAAAAUUUCCUAGAAGUUAAAGCUUUGGGUGAAGAUUUGGCGAUGCAGGUUUUGAAACUUUGGAUGGCGUCAGCCGCAAGAGAUCUGUCAAACUACCAGUGGAGGUUGGUCUCCAAUGCGAUAGGCAGUUGCUCUUUACCCAUAUUCGUCAAGCUGGUGUUCGCUGAGGUUUGCAGAUGGCGUAGUUACACGAAACCUACGGACACUCACUUGGCAUCCACAGUUAUGGACUCCAUCAUGAUGCUAUUCGAGAGAAUUGAGAAACAGCACGGCAGACUUCUAGUAUUCCACGCUUUGGCUUACAUCACUGCAGCCAGAAGUGGUCUCUCCGAAACCGAACUAGAAGACUUGAUAUCCUUGGACGAUAAGGUCCUUGAUGACGUUUACCAGUACCAUCUUCCUCCUGUGAGGAGGAUACCACCUCUGCUGUGGACCAGGAUCCGAAACGAUCUACCGAACUACCUGUCCGAGCGCGAGGCAGAUGGUGUUUCCGUGAUGAACUGGUACCAUCGCCAGUUCCGGGACACGGCCCGCGAGAGAUACUUCAAGAAUAUGAACAUGGCUAUGUACUUCCAUUCCAUGAUUGCUGAUUAUUACCUGGGGAUAUGGGGUGGUGGUACUCCCAAGCCCUUCAAGUAUACGGAGAUACAACGUCACAGAUUCAAUCUCGCGGAUAGGGAAGGUGUGGCUGACAGGAAGGUGCCGUUACAGCCUCUCGUGUUCACAUCUGCUGAUGGCUCAUCGAAGAGAUACAAUUUGCGAAAGUUCGGCGAACUGCCCUUUCAUCUCGUCCGCUCAAAGCGCUUCACGGACCUGUACGCUGAGGUGCUGUUCAAUUAUGAAUGGCUCCACGCCAAGCUCAACUGCUGCCCGCUCCAAGCCGUGCUCGCCGACUUUGAGGACGCUAAGCUGCAUGUGAAUAAGGAUGCUGUCAGAGAGCUAAUGUUAGUAGCUGAUGCUCUACGUCUCGGAGGUGCGAUAUUGGGAGCAUACCCAGACAUGUUAGCUCCACAGCUGGUCGGAAGGUUGUUACCAGAAGCUCCUCACAACCCUGCUGUGUCAUCCCUAUUGCACCAGUGCCACGACAAAGGAAAAAACCAUUGCGCUUUAUUGCCAUCCCAUCAUUGUCUUCAUACUCCUGGAGGGCCUUUGAAGUAUUCAUUAGAAGGGCAUCAGUUUGCAGUCUUUGGAAUCCGUCUUAGCUCGGACAAACGUUACGUGGUCUCCAUAUCCAGUAGAGUCAUAUCUUGGGACCUCUCGACUUCAGAUCUAGCUAGAGAUCUAUGUCCACAACUAGAAGGAAUUAUGCAGAAUCUAGAGCUAUCUCCAGAUAAUAAAUGGGCGGCAGCGUGCACAAAUAACUCUGUCUCGAUCCUUCUAAACAUGUUGACGAGUGAAUACAUCACAAUUGAAAAUCCGUUGGACGAAGGUGAGACAGUUAGAGGUGUAUAUGCACUAAACCAUCACUUCUUCAUCUACGGCCCAAGCUCCUGGGUCCAGUACAGCAUGAGAGGAGAGAUUGAAGACACCAAACCUGCUCCAGAUGCUACUCCUUACGAUGAUGUUACUUGGGAGAUAUUAUUAAUGGAGUUUCGGGAUCUAGAGAACUUUGUCGUGGUGAUGUGGAGCGGCGACCUAGAUGAUGAUCGGUUACUGGUACACUUCUGCAAAUCUGGGGAAUGGAUCCAGCCCUUGAGAUGUAGGGGAGCUAUGACCCUCAACAAACACUGGACUAGAAUUUACACUAGUGACCCUGAAAGAGGAUAUCAGAUUUCAAUAUACGAGCUUAAUGAAGAACAAUCAUGUUGGGACAAGGUGGAAGAACUGAAUCACCGAGAAACUGACACCGCUGAAGCAAUGCUACAGUUGAAGAGAGGGAAGAAAGACAGAAUGUUAUUAGCUACCACUACGUAUAGUUUUGUGGUUUGGGACUUUAAUAAUGUUAUACCAAGAGGAAACCACGAAUCUGAAAAAAAGAAUGAAGAAGACAAUGACAAGAAAGAAGAUGAGGAAGAAGCGGAAAAGCAAGACACAGUUGCAGAAAAGGACAUGCGUUUGGACGGGAUUGUUCUGAAAUUGCCACAUACUAUCAGAAAUAUAUCAACAAAGAUGACUUUAUCUAAUUCUUUUAUGAUCAGUAAUAAUAACACUUAUGCGGUCGCUGGUGUCAGAAAGAGCUUAUACGUAUGGAGUUUGGAAACAACAAAGUUGAUCAAGAUUCUAGACGCCCAUUUUGGCAGAAUCGUCCAACUAGAACCGCUCACUGUGGGAGCUUGGAACAACGUUAUAACCUCCUCAAUCGACAGGACUGUAAAAAUAUGGAAUAUUGACAACAUUUUCGAGCAAGUCCAUAAAAUUGAUAGACAAGAGUUGCCUAUUGAUUCUAUCAGUUUAGCUAGAGACCAACAACUAGCUGUAACCGUGACCCGAAGCUGCUGGGGCCUUUGGGACACCAGCACGGGAAGGCUUCUGGCCCAACUAGCGGACGCUCCUCUUGGGGCCAUAGUGACCCACGCUGUUAUAACACCCACUGGAGACAAUGUCAUCACUGCUGAGUCGGGCAACGUGGUCAUGUGGGAUACUCCUGAAAAACAGGUAAUAUUCAAAGAAGAGCAGAAGGGUGUAAAGCAACUUCUCCUUCUAGAGGAUGGAACGAAACUUAUAACUAUUUCAAUGGUAGUCAGUGCUGCCAAUGUAGACAACGUGGCCAUAGCUCAUAUAGUUGCUAGAACUAUACCUGAUGGAGAAAGAAUCUACACAGUGGACUAUGAGGUCCGUGGUACGGGAUACAGAGCAGCGGUAGUAUCAGCUGACGAGCAUCACAUCGUUGCGCCCGGGAUGGACAAGUCUUCCAGGGAGUGUCUGCACGUGUUCCACGCUAGGACUGGUGCUAGACUACACAGGAUUCCCAUCAAGAACAGUGGUAUCAAAGACAUGCAGUCAAUAGUGGCUUUGCCUCACAAGCCACAUUGGGUUGCCGUGGUGGGAAACGACAAAGCUGGAAUAUUAGAUAUCAAGACGAAGAGGCAUGUCAGAUUCGUCCCCCGAUGGAACGGGGCUUGCACGAGAGAUGGAAAGACCGGUCUUUGCGCACCUUCACGAGGAGGCCUGGACCUGAUUGAGCUGAAACGAGGCUCAUCAGUCCAGCAACUCAUAUCCCGCGCCGCUGAGGGUGUGUUCUCCAUCAUCACGAUGUUCAGCUCCACGGAUGACUACGUGUUCUACUACCACAGUGGGAGAAAGACCUUGAGGGUUUUCAGAACUCUGGAUGGUAAAGCAAUAGCGGAGUAUAGGGCUCCAGCUGAGGUGACGGGAGUGGCGAGCGCGCACGCGGGCAAAGCCCUAGCUAUCGCCUCGCAAGAUGGAUGCCUUACUGUACUCAAUAUCGUUGACCCGCAUGAGUAG